AUGCAAUCUUCGGGUGAGAGGUCCCGUCUUCGGACUGACCCCUCUCUAUCAUUUGAGCCAUUAUCUACCAGCUUUUCGGAAACCGCCAUAUCCUGCUCCGAAAGUGACACGGAUGAAGUAUCUCGAGCCGCAAAACGACGACGAAUCGAACGGUUAGCCCGAGAUUAUUUGGACGGAAAGCCUCUUUUUAUCCUUACUGCUCGUCUCAAAGGCCCCUUCGAUGGUCGAUGGGUCAAUCCGUGGAACAAAGCGAAGCGGUAUAGAACACUUGAAACACCGGAUUCCAAUACUCGCCAGACCGAUAUUCAUCAGAAAACACCUCUGGCUAUUACUCACGAGUCUGUAGCUCAAAAAAACCGCUCACGCAAUGAAUUAACGGAGAAAGGCGGUAUUAGUACUUUCCGGCGGCAAAGAUCUCGGAACGAAGUACCAGAAACACCCGGUUAUUCAUUCAUCUCCAAUAAUCCAAAAAACACUGUCGUCUCUGGCGAAUGGCUAAAAAGAAACGGGAAAUUUUGGGAUCGGCGUUUAUUAGAAUGUGCACGGUCUCCUAGCCCGUCGCCCAUUAAUCGAUCGAACAGUAUUUCACUCGCCCCACAGCAAAGUUCUCUCUUAAAUGAAGGCUCCUACUUAGAAGGGGAGCGUUCCGUUCUAAAUCCUGGCGAGAAACUUACCACCAAGCCCUUGCUACCCGAAGGCCCUCUUGUUCAAUCCAGUAAAUUAUCAAAUACAGAAUUAUGUCAACCACUCAAGCAUAAGAAAAAGAAGAAGAAGCAACGAAACCGACGACAACUUAUAAGGACAGAAUCACCAUAUAGCGUGUCUGCUCCAUCGUCCGAAUCUCAUUCAAGAUCCCAUGGUGGAACACCAUCACUGAACAGAAAAAUAUCUUUGACUCCACCCGCCGCCACGAGAUCUUUUCAGCGCCAUCAUAUUUACGAUGCGAUUGAAGCUCCCAAAAGCACUCUUCUUACCGAAGAGCCAGCCCAGGGUAGUUCUAAGUCUAUCCAUAUUCUUGAGGAGCAAACAGGGACACCAUCCAAAAAAAAGCCAAUCAAACUUCGCCUGAAUACCAGUUUUAAAACCACUUCCUAUGGGCCCAAUGGCCGCCAUAACCGAAGUUCUGUAACCACCACAAUCACAAAUUUCCCCUCUGCACAAAUCGUACCUGGACAAACAACAUUUCAUAAUCAAAUCUCACUUCAUUCCACCCAAUGCCCCGUUUCCCAUAACACUCGUUUUAGUCCUGCAGUAGAUGGUGCCAAGUCAACGCAGAUCUCCGUGGGUGCAGUGCAGCAGCAAUUUCAAGAGCAACGACCAAAUAAUCCUAGCACAGCAGAUAUAUUGUGCUCGCACUACCAUGAUAAUGCCAGUAACGAUGUCCACGCUGCUCAAGAUUCAGGUUGCAUCCAAGAUAUAAGCGACAACCCUAUUUCGAAUACCCCUUGUACGGUUGAUCCCGUUCAGUUCCCGCCCGAAUUUAUAAGCGAGAGUAACCACAUCAGCGAAGCCACCGUGAUGGAGAUUGGUAGUCGCAAACCUUCAGCUGAAGUGGUUCCGCCUAAAGACAUUAUUAUGGAUUGUCGCAGAAGUUCGUCUACGUUGGCGGAAUAUGACGCCCUUCAAUCGUCUUCUCCUGUAGAGAGCUCGCCUCGAAAAUCCCCAGGAACUGAUCUCGCUUUGACUUUAGCGGCAUCAACGGCCACCACAAAGCAUCAAGAUGGCCAGGGUUUUAUUGGAUUUGACAACUUUGACCUUGACCAAGCAAUAGCGGAUGCCGGAAGUUUUCUGCAAAGCUGGGAGCUCUACGCGGAUAUCAGUUUUCAGACGACUAGGACCAUUCCUUCUUAG